CCCCGCCCCAGGCCCCGCCCCCAGCGUCUCCCCCGCCCGCUGGGCCCCGCGCCCGCCCCCGGCUCCGCCCCUCCAGCUCCGCCAGUGCCCGCGCGCCCGCAGACCCGGGAGAGCGGCCGCGACUCGGGACAAUGGGGCCGCGGCGGCUGCUGCUGGUCGCCGCCGGCCUCAGCCUGUGCUGGCCUCUGCUGAGCGCCCGCGCCCCACACCGCGACCCAGGAUUCGGCGCAACCAACCACACCGUGGGUCCCCGGACCUUCUUUCUCAGGGAGUCCGACCACGGGUUCGAGCCGUUCCCCAUCGACGAGGACCAGGAGCAGAACGCGAGCGCGCUGGCUGAAGCCAGGCUGCGCCCCGCCAACCACAGCCGCCCGCCGCCGCCGCCGACCGUGUCCAUCUCCCCAGAGGCCGCCGGGUACCUGAGCGGCCCCUGGCUGAGGCUGUUCAUCCCCGCGGUCUACACGGGCGUCCUCGUGGUCAGCCUGCCCCUGAACGUCAUGGCCAUAGCCGUGUUCCUCCUGCGGAUGAAGGUCAAGAAGCCGGCCGUGGUGUACAUGCUGCACCUGGCCACGGCCGACGUGCUGUUCGCGGCCGUGCUGCCCUUCAAGAUCAGCUACUACUUCUCCGGCAGCGACUGGCGGUUCGGCUCGGGGACGUGCCGCCUCGUCACCGCGGCCUUCUACUGCAACAUGUACGCCUCCGUCCUGCUCAUGACGGCCAUCAGCGUGGACCGCUUCCUGGCCGUGCUCUACCCCAUGCGGUCCCUGGCCUGGCGCACGCUGGGCAGGGCCUCCUUCGCCUGCCUGGCCAUCUGGGCCACGGCCCUGGCCGGCGUGGUGCCGCUGCUCCUGCGGGAGCAGGCGGUCUGGGUCCCCGGGCUCAACGUCACCACGUGCCACGACGUGCUCAGCCAGGGGCUGCUCGAGGGCUUCUACGCCCACUACUUCUCCGCCUUCUCGGCCGUCUUCUUCUUCGUGCCGCUGCUCGUGUCCACCGCCUGCUACGUGUCCAUCAUCCGCUGCCUCGGCUCCUCCGCCGUGGCCAACCGCGGCAGGAAGUCCCGGGCGCUGCUGCUGUCCGCCGCCGUCUUCUGCAUCUUCCUGCUCUGCUUCGGACCCACCAACGUGCUCCUGGUGGCGCACUACGCCUCCCUGUCCCGCGAGCCCGCCUCCGAGGCCGCCUACUUCGCCUACCUGCUGUGCGUGUGCGUGAGCAGCGUGAGCUGCUGCCUGGACCCGCUGGUCUACUACUACGCGUCGUCCGAGUGCCAGCGGCAGCUGCGCGCCCUGCUGUGCUGCAGAGAGAGCGCCGACGGCGCCAGCUACAACAGCAGCGGGCAGCUGGUGCCCAGCAAAGGGGACACCUGCUCCAGCCACCUGGCCCACAGCGUCUACAAGAAGCUGCUCACCUAGCCAGGGCUGCCGGCUGCUCACGGAGAGGACGCGCGGGGCGCGCACGAGCUGCGGACUCGUUAGUGAUCUCCAGGACACGCUCGUUAGUGAUCUCCAGGACACGCGUGUCUGAGCUCAAGCCGGGCGGCCCCGGGGCUGUGUGUGGCCAGCAUCACUCUCCCAACACGCCAGUGCACUUGCUCUGUGUGUGUGUGCACACGCUCGUUCUGAUUGCCGUGUGUGUGUGUGCACACGCUCGUUCUGAUUGCCGUGUGUGUGUGUGCACACGCUCGUUCUGAUUGCCGUGUGUGUGUGCACACGCUCGUUCUGAUUGCCAUGUGUGUGUGUGCACACGCUCGUUCUGAUUGCCGUGUGUGUGUGUGUACACGCUUGUUCUGAUUGCCAUGUGUGUGUGGUGUGUGUGUGCACACGCUCGUUCUUGCCCUGUGUGUGCACACGCUCGUUCUGAUUGCCGUGUGUGUGUGUGUACACGCUUGUUCUGAUUGCCAUGUGUGUGUGGUGUGUGUGUGCACACGCUCGUUCUUGCCCUGUGUGUGCACACGCUCGUUCUUGCCCUGUGUGUGUGUGUGCACACGCUCGUUCUUGCCGUGUGUGUGUGUGCACACGCUCGUUCUGAGUGCAUAUGCUCUGUAUCCCAGCGAUUGUGGAAAUACCCACUCCCUGAUUUGACACGCGAGGCCUGGGUGGGUGCCGUUGGCCCUGACCUGGGAGGACGUCCACGCACAGGGAGGGGUCCCGCGGCUCGUGCGGCUGGUGUGUUGAGGUUGUUCCACGGCGGGUGAAGUUGUGGAGGGAGGAGGCUCUGUGUGCAGGAGGAUGGACAGCGUUUGCCUCGGAAGCACUUGGAAUUCUUAACCGAACACCGAUGAGAACCCUGUGUGGGCGCGGGCACCCCUCUGCCGUUCUGUGCACGUGUGUCGGGACGGAGCCUGGGUCCCAGCGGUGGCCACGGCCGGCACGCAGAGCAGCCAGCCCUGAAGGGGGUCCCCACACAGCAAACUCGCAGCUGGAUUGGCCUGUGAUGUGUGUGAUGUGUGUGCUGUACAGGGGUAUGGUGCGGGUGCCAUGCGUGUGCCACGUGUGGAGAAGCGUGGUGCGGGUGCCAUGCGUGUGCCACGUGUGGAGAAGCGUGGUGCGCGUGCCAUGCCUGUGCCGCGUGUGGAAGAGCGUGGUGCAAGUGCCAUGCGUGUGCUGUGUGUGGAAGAGCGUGGUGCGGGUGCCAUGCGUGUGCUGUGUGUGGAAGAGCGUGGUGCGGUGCCGUGCGGGUGCAGGACAGAACGGGCGUUUCCAGCGGCCGUGGGCGAGAAUCGGCCGAGGAGGGUGGGCGUGUGGGUGCUGCCCGGCUGAGCCUGUCCCUCGGGGUGGAGCCGCGCCGUGGGGCCGGGGCUCUGAGGGCGGAGGGCGUGGCCGAGUGCUGACCCCGUGAUGAGCGCCUGUGGAAAGUC